AUGCCGCACAGAGGUGUCGUUGAGAAUGUUCGAAUGCUGGAUCGUUACAAUGCUCGUAAACCAUCCGUGGGUACCCUCUACUUGACAGCUACACAUUUAAUUUUUGUGGAUCCAGAUGGAAAGAAAGAAACAUGGAUUCUUCAUAUGCACAUCGCAAAUGUUGAAAAGUUGCCCCUUACUACUUCAGGCUCCCCUCUACAAAUCCGCUGCAAGACGUUUCUGUCAGUGACAUUUGUAGUUCCUCGUGAGAGAGAUUGUCAAGAAGUGUUCGUCACUUUGCAACAACUAUCACAACCAGUUCAUAUAGAAGACCUGUAUUGCUUCCACUACACUUCAAGUACAGAAGAUAUACCAAAACCAGCUGGGUGGAAUUUCUUUGAUUUACAGUCUGAAUAUCAACGUAUGCGAGUGCCUAAUGACCAGUGGAGUUUGACCCUGCUCAAUAAGGAUUAUGAGCUCUGUGACACAUACCCUCGAUAUCUGUACGUACCAUCAACAGCUUCAACUACUUUACUGAUGGGCAGUUCCCGCUUCAGAAGCAAAGGCAGAUUACCAGUGUUAUCUUAUCUUCACAGAAAUAAGGCAGUAAUAUGUCGAUGCAGUCAGCCUUUAUCUGGAUUUAGUGCUCGCUGUAUGGAAGAUGAACAGUUGUUGAAUUGUAUUUUAAGAACCAAUCCUAAUUCUAGUUACAUGUACGUGGUUGACACUCGACCUCGUAUUAAUGCAAUGGCCAAUCGUGCUGCUGGGAAAGGUUAUGAAAAUGAAAAUUUCUACGAAAACAUUAAAUUUCAUUUUUUGGGUAUUGACAAUAUUCAUGUAAUGAGAAGCAGUCUUUCUAAGCUAAUUGAAACAUGUGAGCUCAAAGCACCUUCAAUGGGCAGCUUCCUCAGUGGAAUUGAGUCAUCAGGAUGGAUGCGACACAUUCGCUCAAUCCUUGAAACCUCUUGGUUUAUUGCUCAGGCAUUAGAAGAUGGAAUAAGUGUGGUUGUGCACUGUUCUGAUGGAUGGGACCGUACAGCACAAGUAUGCUCUCUUGCUAGCAUUUUUCUAGAUCCCUACUACAGAACAAUUCAAGGCUUCCAGGCGCUAAUUGAAAAAGACUGGUUGGCAUUUGGACAUAAAUUCAGUGAACGUUGUGGACAUGUUGCUGGUGAUCCAAAAGAAGUGUCUCCAGUUUUCACACAAUUAGUAGACUGCACUUGGCAACUAACUCAGCAGUUCCCUACAACAUUCCAAUUCAAUGAACGCUUUCUUCUCACUUUACAUGACCAUGUACAAUCUUGCCAGUUUGGUACUUUCAUUGGAAAUUGUGAAAAGGAUCGUGUUGAUCUCAAAUUGAGUGAACGUACAUUUUCUCUUUGGGGGUAUAUGGCAAAUCAUAUGAAUGAAUAUAUAAACCCUCUCUAUUCAACUGAUGCAAAUCCAGAUGUUCUGGUUCCAAAUAUAUCACCACAGAAUAUUCGUUUCUGGCGUGGAAUGUAUUGCCGUUUUGAGAAUGGUGUACACCCACGAGAGCCUCUCGGAGACCUCCUACUGGCAACAUGUGACCACAGCUCCUCUUUGGAAGACCACAUUCGACUUCUCACAAAGAGAAUAAAUGCAUUGAAAGAACAAUUAGCAGACAAAGGAGAGAAGCGUCGAAGUUUUACUUCAGACGCCCUUGAAAGUACAGAUGUAGUCCUGGAUAAUAAAUACCUUUAUGAGAAAGGUUGUGGAGAAGACACAGAUAAUUUAACUGCUAUUAAGCUCAGUCAUGCUGCUACAAAUGGAGUUGUCAUCCCACCGGUGAAACCUCGAAGUGUUGAAUUAAUUAGUGUAGAUCAGCUUGCUGCUGAGCUGAAUUCAGUUGCUCUUGAUUGGAAAACUUUAAGAAACAUUAGAGAAUGCAUUUGUUCUACUCCAUUUGAUCACUUCAGUCGAAAGGUGAGUAUAAGUAUCAUUGUUGGAAAUGUGGAGAAGUGUUUUGCACACGUUGCAUUGAUAAACAUACUGCUCUUCCCGGACAUCAUUCUCAACGAGCAGUGCCGGUCUGCAAACCUUGUUAUCGAGAGAUACGCCGAUCAUCCUCGAUUGAAUCACCUUGAUUAAUUGUAUAUACAAUUGUAUGUGGAAAUUGACAACCCUGUUAUUAUAUUAUCACCUCUUCCCAGAGCCUUGGUAGUAUUUAUGAAAAUUAUUUUUUUGUAUUCCUUCUGCUCAAUUUAAAUAUUUGGUUUGGUGUGCUUGCUUCAAACUCCAAUGGAAAAGUCAUAUGGUAUGUGGUAGAGGAAUUGUUUACUUAGCUGUAGGUACUGCAAUGCUGCAAUAGUUGGGUAAACUACAGCAUACUAUAUGCUAAUUUCCGAUAGUAAUAAUUCAGGUCGUUUGACAAACAACACCAAAGACAUAUGCUAAUUAUCGUGUAUGUGAAUUUCAAUUGUAAAUAUAUAUUGUGUUUUGGAUAAAGUCUGACAUUGUGAGUCAUGUUAAUAGCUGUGCAUUGUUCAUUGGAUGGUAAUACAAUGAAGGAAUCACCACCUGCUUAAUCAUCGCUUUUGAUCUUAAAAGGAUUGUGUGUAUGCUCUUAUUUCAUUGAUAUAUCAUUACAAAAAAAAAUAUAUUUUGUUGUAUCAAUUCCUGUUUUAAAUUAAUGCAAUAAAAUUCUCUUGUAACAUACAUUUACAUUUCAACUUUCACUGUUUCAACAAACUGUGAGCAGCUAGAACUAUAUUGUUGUAACAGUAUUAACCUUGUGUCAUGCUAGAAAUUGUUUCUAGUAAAUAUUUUACUCAAAGGAGAAGAUAUGUAGGACUGAUGUAAACAAAACAUCUCAAGUCUGUACAUGUUUUAUUUGUAUAAAUCACUGGACAUAAAAUCAUCAUAGGGUACCAAAAUGGAGCAUUUUCACUUCUGUUCAUAUGACUUGUAAUAAAUGUUCCUUACAAAUUUAGGAUAAUUAAAGGAUUCAAACUGAGCAUGUUUGUUAAUAUUCAGGAAGAUCUGCAGUUUUAUUCAAAUUCAUAUACACAGUACUCCUUCGGCCACCUACAUUGCUUUCUUAUAUUUUACCAUGGCAGACGUCAUAUUUUUUUGACAUGCUGGAAUUAUUCGUUUUUUCAACUUUAUCAAAAUAAAUGUUGGAUAUAGUGCAUGUGUAAAUAUAUAAGAAAGCACCACAAUUCAUGUGGAAUUUUUUUUCUUCUUAUUAAUAUGUUAAAAAGCUAAACACUGCCUUACUUCCAGCAAUGAAAAGACAGUUGAAGCCUUGCAAUUUCGAAAUUAAUUUCAAAGCCAUUGACUUCAUUGCAAGAGCAAAGAACAACAAAUGAAUACAACAAAAAGGUAUAUCUUUAAAAUUAAUAAAAGCUUUUUUUCCUUCUUUUUUUACUAAUUUCUACUAUAUUAUCUGAGAAAUAUUGAAAUAGAAAGUAAUACCAGAGAGAGCCAAGAAACAUGAUGAAUAAAAAUUCAAGACAUGAAUUUUCAUCUAGUCAAAACUAUUUAAAAUAAACUUGACUGAAAAGGACUGACAGAAACUCAACAUAGUAAAAUAAAUAAAAUAAAUCACAACAUUCUCAACAAGAUAAACAACAGACUGACCAUCUAUAUUAACAGAUCCAACUAUGCCCAGCAUCUGAAUAUAAAACAUUAAUCUUACUUGUUAUACAACUCUACAAAAACAGUCAGAUGCAAAUCAAUAAAUGGAUUUUCAGAAUACUUCCCUACUCUACACUUCUCACAUUGUUUGUUUAAUUUUUCCACAAAUGAAACACCUUUCCCAUUGCAAAUGCAAAUGAAAUUAUCCUGUAGAGCACACAAAUCUAGGUAUUUAAGUACAGAGACACUGGAAUAGAUAUCCUUUGUCUUGAUAUAAAACUUGUGUAUCAAAUUAUAAUAAUAAAAAAAAGUACAGCUAAAAAUGCUUACAGGUCAGAGACCUAGUUCUUUCUAAAUCUUAGGAAGGCACACUGUGACAUUCGUGUUGUCUCUCAGUCUGCAUGACAGUUGGGUCUUGUUGGUGUGUAACGGCCUGCUACCCGAUGCCAAGCUUGUGGAGAUGUUCGAUCAUGGGGGCUGCGCAAAACCCGUGGUGAGGAAGACAUGGGGCUUGCAGGACAUUGUAUCCUGGAUUUCUGAAGGCGUCGCAAUGUUGCAGGACUAGCCCAACUAUUUCUUUCCUUUUCACUGUGUAACAGGACCAGAUGCUUCCAACGAUACACAUUGGGGUACUCUGCAGCAGUUAUUUUACAAUCUUGAAUCGCCUGUAAUACUGCCAGGUCCAUUUUGCUUGGAUUCUCACCUUCUAUAUAGACACCAAUGCCUUCAUCUGCGGUAGCCAUCUCCUCUUCAGAUGAGGCUUCUUCAGGUGAUGUAGGUGGAGUAUAAAAUGCUUCAUCAACAUCUAAAACAAAGAUCUUUUCAGAGGAAAUGUACAGUCCAAAUGCAAAUAUGCCAACUAUUGCUUUUCCACGAAGAAAAAUAUCCAAAUCACAAUUUUCAUUGAC